AUGCAUACCAGUCUAUACGAAUCCUACACUGAGCUCGCUUUACCACCGUAUCCCGCACAGAAGAUAGGACCACCUUAUAAAGGAGCGACUUUCAUCAUUCGCGAUCUUCAGAGAGGCUUCGUUAUCGGACUUACGGAUGGAAAUUUGUGCUUGCUACCUGGAGAAAAUGGAAAUCUAUUGGUCAAUUGUGGUGACGGGCAUGGCAAUCACUGGCGCUGUGUGGAAAACAAGGACCGCUGGUUGGGCUUCAAGAAUGCGGUUUCAGGGGAGUUUAUCGGACAUGACAAUAACCGAAAAAACUGGCGUUUCAUGGCCAAGGUAGAAGCCCACAAUCAAUGGGAAUUUUUCUGUGUCCGCCAUCAUCCGAACGGCGGCUAUGAGAUGCUUGUGAAGCAUUGGGAUGGCUUUCGUGCUAUGAAAGUAGGCGGCAUUGAUGACAGGGAGCUGAUGGUUGCUGGUGAAGGAAAAGGCGGAACAGCAUGGGAAUUUUUGGAAGUUUAG